AUGGAUAUGGACAUUGACGAACCUACUAUUUCUCCAUCAGCAAAAGCUGGUAAAGCAAAAGAUAAGGAGGAGAAAAAGAAGUUUGAGGUGAAAAAGUGGAACGCAGUAGCCCUAUGGGCAUGGGAUAUCGUCGUCGAUAAUUGUGCUAUUUGCCGAAACCACAUCAUGGAUCUAUGUUCGUUAUCACUUGGUAUUGAAUGUCAGGCCAAUCAGGCGUCUGCGACAAGUGAAGAGUGUACAGUUGCCUGGGGAAUAUGCAACCACGCCUUUCACUUUCAUUGUAUCUCUCGUUGGUUAAAAACACGGCAAGUUUGUCCUCUGGAUAAUCGAGAAUGGGAAUUCCAAAAGUAUUUACUUUGUUUAGUUUCUUAUCUCGUUUCUGUGAGUAAAUUAUAG